GGAUGAAGCUCUAGGGUUUUACCUACAUCUCAUAUUUGUUUUCAUGGUAUUAGAGCCCUAGGCGGCGCCAUGGCUACAAACGAAACCCACCAUGAUGCUACUGCAUCUGGUGAAGCUUUAAAUACACAAUACCCUAUGGAAGAUCCAUACUUCCUUCAUGGUUCUGAGAAACCUAGUUCCCUCUUGUUCAGUGAGAAACUCACACUAACAAACUGUAAUGACUGGAGUCGCGCCAUUGUCAAUGCCCUUGCUGCAAAGAACAAGCUGGGUUUCCUCAAUAGCGCCAUUCCUGAGCCUGCAGAAACAUAUCCCAAGAGAAAUGCCUGGGUCAAAAACAACAUCAUGAUCCUCAGCUGGAUACAACAAGUUGUCGAAUCAGAAAUACGAAAGACCAUCCUUUCCAGCAAAUCUGCAGCAGAGGCUUGGAAGAGUUUGCAAACAAGAUAUUGUUCUGGUGACAUUGUCAGAGUUGCAGAAAUUGAAGAAGAACUUUGUAGCUUAAAGCAAGGUACACAGACCAUUACUGAGUACUAUGGAAAGAUUAUUACUUUUCGUGAUGAGCUAGACAAUUACCAGCCUUUGAUUUCUUGUGCUUGUACCACUACAAGUCACAAUACUUGUCAAGCUAUGAAGCUGGUUCAUGAAUAUCAAGAAACCAGCUAUGUCAUUAAGUUUUUACGAGGGUUGAAUGAGAAAUUUUCUGCUGUUAGAUCCCAAGUUUUGUUUGGGGAUGAAUUACCAAACAUUAAUAAGGUUUUUCAACGAAUGCUCCAGCAUGAGAGGCAGUUAUAUGGUACUCAACGAGGCAAGCUAAUUGCUUCCCUCACCACUGAUACCUCUGCUCUGGCCAUCCAAGGUGUUAACAGAAGACCUAAUUCAACUCCAAAAAGGCCGUACUGUGUUUUUUGCAAGAGGGAAGGCCAUACAGAGGAUGUUUGCUUUGUCAAACAUGGCUAUCCACCAGGAAUGUCUACUAGACCCUCUCAUUUGAAUGCAUCAGCCACUGUUAUUGAAUGCACAUUCUGUGGUAAACAUGGACAUCCUGAGGACAAAUAUUUUAAGAAACAUGGUUUCCCUGCAAACUAUGUUCCCAGGACUACUACUUCCUCCUAUGGUAGAGGCAGAGGAUAUGCUCAUUCUAUAGUCACCACUCCAGAUGAUUCUGUUAAACUUACAAAGGCAGAUUAUGACAAGCUAAUGGCUCUGGUUGGGAAAUCUAGGCAGCAUUCUACUCACACUGCUGCUGCUUUCACCACUACUACCACUCCUUCAGGUACAUGUUUCUUAUCAUCACCAAACCACAUCAAUCCCAACCACAGUUUCAUAUGGAUUCUAGACACUGGUGCUUCUGAUCAUAUCGUAUCUUGCCUAGAUUACUUACUGCAUCCUAUACCUUUAUCUGGGGUGUUUAUAACUUUGCCUACUGGUCAACAAAUUCCUGCUACAUACAAACGCACAGUUCAUUGCACUCCUGAGUUAAUACUUAAGGAUGCUCUCUUUGUUUCUGGAUUCAGUUUCAAUUUAGUCUCAGUCAGCAAACUCACUGAUCAGAGUUCACUAAGUUUGACAUUUCACUCCAACCUUUAUGUCAUACAGGACCUGGAGCAGAAGAGAGUGACUGGUUCUGCUAGAUUGACCAAUGUCCUUUACUACCUAGAAGCCCCUAGUAAUCCUAAGAUUAUCACAGUUGCAAGAUCAAACAUUUUUUAUUUAUGACAUUUCAUAUUAGGACACCUGCCCCAUUCUAAAAUUCCUUAUCUCAGCUCUAUUGAAACUCAAAAGGGCUUACCCUGUGAUGUUUGUCACUUUGCAAAGCAAAGGAGACUUUCUUUUCCAUUGAGUCAGAAUGUAACCCAACAUGCUUUUGAACUCCUACAUGUUGAUAUAUAGGGGCCUAAUCCAGUUCCUUCCUAUGAUUCUUACAAGUACUUUCUUACUAUCGUUGAUGAUUUCCCAAGGAUGACUUGGGUCAUCCUACUUCAACUUAAAUCAGAGGCUAGACCAAAAUUGAUUGCCUUUUGCAACCAAAUGCAAAUACAUUUGCAAACAAACAUUAAAAGAAUCUGCAGUGACCAAGGGAAAGAAUUUGACAUGACUGAGUACUAUGAUUCACAGGGAAUUAUUCAUGAAAUGUCCUGUGUUGAGACUCCUCAACAAAUUAAAACAGUAGGAUGGAGAGAAAACACGAGCACAUUCUUGCUGUGGCUAGAGCCCUCAAAUUCCAGGCUGACCUGCCACCUGGUUUCUGGAGUGACUGCAUCUAACAUGCAGUAUUUCUCAUCAAUCGUGUUCCUUCUUCUGUUCUUUACAACAAAACUCCUUAUGAAAAGCUUCACAACAUUUCCCCUGAUCUCAGUGAUUUAAAGGUCUUUGGUUGUUUAUGUUAUGCCUCAACUUUAGCUAAUCACAGAACCAAAUUCCAACAAAGAGCAAGAAAGGGAGUGUUUUUGGGUUACAAACCUGGUAUAAAGGGUUACAAGAUCU